CGAUUCUUAUUCGGACCGUUGCCCACUAAACUUUUCGGAAUGAUAAUUGAAGGCGUAUCAACAUGAAAUUAACAUAAUUGUCAAGACUGCGAUGGUAAUGUGUUCUUUUGUCAAGUUGCGUUCCUUUCUGUGGUCAUGAGCCAAUUUGAUUCAUACGCAAAUCGGCGAGAACAUGGUCUCGGUUCAUCCGGAACGAGCCAAGCAUCAAAUUCUUCAACUUCCCUUUCAUCAGCUUUUUUGCAUUUGACCAAAAAGCAAGUUCAAUUCUUUGAUCAUGUGAUCGAUCUUCUACCGGAAAAUGCAACCGAUUUUAGUCAAUUGAAAAAAGCCUACAACCUUGCUCGCCAAGACGUUCAAUCCAUCCUGGGAACGCAAGUCGAUCAACAAACUGACACUGCUUUAUGGGAUGCUCUACUCCGGCUGACACACAUUCGAGCAAGGACGUGGGCUCAAAGAUGGGAUGCCGUUCGAACGUCUUUGGGUUUACAACCUCUAAACGUAAGUGAAGAUGACACAAGUGAGCAAAGUUCAAUUGAAGCCGAUGACGAAAAUGAUUCGACAAAGCGUUUCUUCCAAGACAAACAACGUCCAAGGUCUUGGCAUGCCAAUCGUGUUAGGGAAACUCCCAAUGAAAUGGGUCAAGGGUCCUCUUCUACCGUUAUGGAAAGUCCUGCUGCAUCUCGGCUUCAAAGGCAUCAGAGUGACCGGAUCGUCAAUCAAAAUGAGCUAGAGCAAUUACGUGCGAGAAUGGCAGCUCUGACUGCACAAGCUAGUACUCUGGCCAGCAGUCUAAAAAAUCCAUCAGAAGCAGAAGUUGUGCCUGUGAACCGACCUUCGAUCCUGGUGAAGCAGAUGGGCAGAACCCCGGUAGCAAACAGAGACCGGAAAUUGCGGUUUGCAAAAUCCGAAGAACGCUUUGAUAUAAGCAAGGCAACUACAGUCGAAAGCGCAAGUGAUGAAGAUGACAAAAGAACGCUGAAAGAGCCAAGUAAGACUCGAGAUGUGGCUUCAUCUUCUACUCCUGUCAAACGACGAUUUGAUGAGGUGGUUGCAAGAUCGAGAUUGGAGCGUGAUGCUGCCCGUCGAGCAGCAGAGGCUCAACAAGAAGCGGAGAAUGAAGCGCAAUUAAGCCAUCUUUACCGUCAAGCGGAUGCGAUGUAUGCGAUGACGGUCCAAAACAGAUGCUUCUCUUGGUGGUUGACACUACAUAGAAAACGUCAGUCGCGAUUACAAAGUGCCGUUCAAGAACGAAAUACGUCCUUGCAGCAGAAAGCAUUUCAAUCUUGGAAAGCAAAAGCAGACAAUCACAGAAAGAAACAAAAUAGUGCAGUGAAAAUAGAUGUAGUCCGAUGCAAGUUGCGAGCGUGGCGUACCUGGAUUCGGCGAUUGAAAGAGGAAAGGAAGAAGCAACGUGAAGAGAAACGGAUGGAAUUACGUGGUGCAUUUGAGGUAAUCCGUAGUCGUAUGGAACAUCGAAUAGUAUCCGAAACUUUUGCAAAAUGGCGCAUUUCAUGGAUGGAAGUAAGAGCGACUCGAUUUCGUUCAGAGCAUCUGUUGCGAGGUGCAAUGAGCUUAUGGACAAUUCAAACAUGGCAAACUUCAUCUCUACGAGAAAAGGAGCAACAGAUUGUCGGAAAGCAAAGUCAAACGUUGAUUCGGUUGGCUUUCACUAGAUGGACACAGGCGUAUAAGACGCAUAAUUUGCUAGAAGUUGCUCAAUCGUUCGAUCGUCAACUUACUCUACGCACAUUUUUCGAGCGCUGGUCUCACGCAAAGGCAGAACAGGCUAUUUUUCAUCGUAAAGAAGCCUUGGCAGACAGAUGGCGUCAACGUCGAAUCAAGCAAAAAGUAUGGAUGAAGUGGUCAAAGAAGACUGUCACCAUUAUGACGCAGCAAGAAGAAGCAAUUCAGUUUGAGAAUAAAUUGGCACAGAAACGUAUUUCAACCUUUUUCCAUUUUUGGCUAUUGCGUGAAAGAGAACAGCUUUUUCAACGAAUCACUUCGGCUCGUAUUCUGACAAGAUCAAUAACGACUUGGCAUGACAAAAUGAUCACUAUGAAAGAAUCGUUGAGAGAACGUGAGAUGAAAGUUGUUGCAAUGCAAAAGCAACAUUUACUUCAGAGGACGUUCAGCAUCUGGCGUGAUACCACAUUCAAGAUCGUAUCUGCACAAGAGUUGGCUGCUAGAGGGGACCGAAGGAAGCUGUUGAGUGAAGCACUGGCAGCAUGGAAGCGAGUGAAUGAGAAAAGAAUGGUCGAUGAACGCAAAGCCGUUUCUGUCAAUGUGGUAAACACUCAACGCCGCUUCUUGAAUCUUUGGAUUGCUCGUAGAAGGGAAGCAAAGCUGGAAAGAUGGACGGAAGAACAUCGUCAGACUACAUUGCGUGAAACUUUAUCUUUAUGGCUCGCACGCACAAAAGAGAAACGGAGGGAGUCGUUGGCCGUCGGAAUGUUGCGAAGUAAGAUGGAGAAGAGAGUAAGGGCCGAAGUACUGCGGAUCUGGACGGAGCGAGUGAUCGAACGAAAGAGUGCAUAUAUGGAAGCAGCAGAAGCCCGUGAUGGCUUGUUGAUUCAGCGUGCAUGGUCAGCCUGGAUGCAAGCCUGUAUAAAACAUGAAGAUCAACUGAAUCUUUCCAAUAGCUUCCGAGAUGUCAAACAAGAAGAGUGGCUUCGACGCUUGUUCAACAAAUGGGUAAAUGCAGCAAGAGCAGAGCGUAUCCGACGUGAAAAGAUGGAGCAAUUCCUGAUGCAAAGACGCAGAAAAAUUCUUGAGAAUGUGUUUGAAGUUUGGUACGAUCGAUUUGCCGAAUCUUCUUUGCAUGAGAUUGAAUUGAAAGCUUUAUUGCAAAGACAAGAUGCGGUCAAAAAUGAUAUCUUUGCACGUUGGAAAGCAAAGACACGCUCUUUACCUGCUAUUCAACUUGAUCAUGCUCGAAUCAAAUCGAACGCAUUCUACAUUUGGCGAGAUCGACUACCACUUGCGAAAUUACAAAGACAAGCAGUCACCCAUGAUCGUAUACAAAUGGAAGCAAAAGCGUUCAAUCAUUGGCGUCAGAUGGCAAAAGCAAAGAGAGCAUUCCGUGCUGCUGCUCGUUUUGGUGGCCCUUCAGCCGUUCAUAUACGUGCAGCAAGAAGAAGAAGUAGUGGUAUAAAUGGAGGGGCGAAUUCUGGUGGCGUCUUUGGUGGCGGUGGUGGAAAGACACCGAAAAGUAGAAACAGAAGUUCUAAUGCGAUCAGUCAGAGUCCCGAGGACAAAAGUUUGCAGAUUACGAGACCAAACAGCGUUGCAGGAGAAAUGGAGGAUAAUAGACCCUUUUUGCCUCUCGAUGCAGAUGUUUCGUCCUUACGUGAAUCCGAUUUGGUGAUGGAAGGUAAUAGGCGAGGAGGUCGAAAUCUUGGCAGGUCAUCUCCUAUGAAGCAACCAUCUCAUUCCCUUGCUCAACUUGCAGGCCGUCAUCUGAUUUCGCCAGAAAAGUCAGAAGCAUCGAACAUACCCAAGCAGCCUACAGUGAGUAAUUGGAUACGUCGUACUGGACAGGCUAGAGAUGCAUCGAGCGAAGUACACUCCGAGCCACCUCAACGUGAUGACAUUGCUGGAAGUAGUCGAGGCCGUUUAGUUGAAAUCAGCUCGGCCGCACAUGAUCGCAGAAUGAGUAGAACACCAAGCCCGGCCAGCAAAACACAAAGUGAGGCAACCCUUCGAAUCAAAAGCAGUCUGCGUAAAGGCUUACCGACAAGUACAUCUCAACGAAGUGGAAUCGCGGAUAUCUUUAACGCAAGAAGAAGAAAGCAGAUGCAACUUUAAACAAUUUCCGGACAAUUUAUAAAACAUGUAUUAUACAUUAUAGCUGUAACCUAUUAAUACCUUCGC